AACAAAAUUCGUUUUAAAAAAUUCACUUUUAAAUAGGGAACAUUUACCAGCACUGCGCAACAGCUGUUCCUCAAUUGUUGUAGGCAACAACAUAACCAACGGAAAGCAUAAAAACCAAACAAAAGAAAACCCAAAACUGAAAAACUUAACUAUCGCUAAUAUCUUAAGGCUGGGCCUAUUAUUGCGUUCAUACAGCAUGGCCUGGCGUUCCGUGGGUGCUAAUAAUGCGGAUUUAAUACGUCAGCUACGAGAUUACGGCGUCAUUGCGUCUGAAGCUGUGGCAAAUGCAAUGAUUGCCACAGAUCGUAAGCACUACUGUCCUCGUAAUCCGUAUAUGGAUGCACCGCAACCAAUUGGCGGGGGCGUUACUAUCAGUGCUCCUCAUAUGCAUGCUUUUGCUUUGGAAUAUUUACGUGAUCAUCUGAAGCCUGGUUCUCAUGUACUGGAUGUGGGUUCAGGUUCGGGUUAUUUAACUGCUUGCUUCUAUCGCUAUAUAAAUGCAAAAGGCGAAAAUGCUAACACUCGAAUCGUGGGCAUUGAGCAUCAGCAUUCUUUGGUCGCUUUAAGCAAGAGCAAUCUCAACUCGGAUGAUGCAAGCAUGCUGGACUCAGAUCGUAUGCUCAUUAUUGAGGGAGAUGGUCGCAAGGGACACGCAGCCUUAGCGCCGUACGAUGCCAUACAUGUGGGAGCUGCUGCUCCCGAAACGCCCACCGAAUUAAUCAACCAGCUGGCCAAUGGAGGACGUCUCAUUGUUCCUGUUGGCCCCGAAGGUGGCUCACAGUAUAUGCAGCAAUACGACAAGGAUGAAAAUGGCAAAGUGCAGAUGACGCGUCUGAUGGGUGUCAUGUAUGUCCCCUUGACCGACCUGCGAUCUUGACUGCAUUACUUGGGAAUGGUGCUGGUUCCUGUUCUCCUAUUAGGUUUUAUCCUCUACCGAUUAUGGAUAUAUUAUCAUUAAUUGUAUUGGUUCUAAUUGGUCUACCUUAGACAUGAAUUUGAAUUGCUUCUUGAUACCCAUUUAAUUAAGUUAUAUUUUAUUAACAAAAAUAAAGAAACAAUGGCAUAGACAA